AAAUAAUAACUUUAUCUAAAUUAUUUUAAAUGGCUUUAUAUUACUAUAUAAUCAUAUAAUCAUUAUUUUGUUCUAAGUAUUUUGUAUUGAUUAUUAUAUUUUAUUAGAAAUAUUACUCCUAGUUUUAUAACAAUAACAUGACUAAGCUUCAUAGAGCAGUCUCUCACGCUUUUACUCCCUAUGUCCGGUGGCCUAACGACUAGCGCAAAAAUAACAUCGUGACAUCGUCCUUUUAUUUCCAGUCUUUCCCCUCCAUUUUAACUUUCUUCCAUUUUCUACAUUUCCAAACACCAUUAACUCUUGCAUUCUCUCUCUCUUUCUUUCUCAAAUCAUGAUCGAAGAUCUCUGUUCUUGAUUCAGAGAAAGAAUUUGAGAGAGAAAUCAAGCUCAUCCAAUCAAACAUUCAUUGCACUAUCUUCAUCAAUUGAUUUUCUUCUUAAAUUAGGGUUUAUUCCUUUGAUAAUUGCGUCCAAUUAGACCUUAGAUUUCAAUUUUGAUUACGGUUUAACUUUGUUAUUCAUUUCGUGAAAUGAAUUUUUUGAGGUUUUAAUUGAGGAAAAUCAAAUAAUAAUGGCGGCGCCGAGGAUUGUUAUUGGAGGAGAUGACGGAAAGUUUAGAGACGAAGAGAGUGCUAAAAUGGAGGAGUCGCCGACGAGUAAGAAGUCGAGAUUAGAAGGAAGGUUUCCAUUGACGAAAUCGGAGCUGGCUGUUGCUAUGACGGUGUUCUUCGUUUUUGUUAUUGGUUUAUUCUUUAUUUUUCAUAAAAUGCCUGCUGCUGAAUAUGGCAAGAUUAAAUUGCCUCGCACUAUCUCCGAUCUUCGAUUGCUCAAAGAUAACCUUGCAAUAUAUGCACAUGACUACCCUGCACAAUUCAUUCUUGGUUACUGCUCAGUAUAUAUCUUCAUGCAGACAUUCAUGAUUCCCGGAACAAUAUUUAUGUCCUUGUUGGCUGGGGCUCUUUUUGGUGUUAUAAGAGGCCUGGUCUUGGUUGUGUUUAAUGCAACUGCUGGAGCAUCAUGCUGCUAUUUCCUGUCUAAGGUGAUUGGCAGGCCCAUAGUUACCUGGUUGUGGCCUGAAAAGCUGAAAUUCUUCCAAGGAGAGAUAGCAAAGCGCAGGGAGAAGUUGAUGAAUUACAUGCUUUUUCUGAGGGUCACCCCCACUCUGCCCAAUCUCUUUAUCAACUUGGCAUCUCCCAUAGUGGAUAUACCGUUCCAUGUCUUUUUUCUAGCUACAGUUGUUGGUCUUAUUCCAGCUUCAUUUAUCACUGUGAGGGCUGGCCUUGCCCUUGGAGAAUUAAAGUCUGUGAAAGACCUAUAUGAUUUCAAAACACUCUCCGUGCUUUUCCUCAUUGGUGCUGUCAUUAUUUUUCCGGCUAUACUGAAGAGGAAGAGGACCUAUGAAUGAGCAAGACUAGUUUCUGAUAUCAUCAUGGCUCUAAUAGAAGAUGAUGACGACAUAGAGUUGCUAUAAUAUCAUGUACCGAUGAGAUGAGAGCGUUGAUGUUGGUGGCAAAAUCAUGUAUAACAAUGUUUCUCGCUACUACCUUAUACUUCUAGAAGAGAAAGCUGCAGAUCUUAGUACUAAUCUAAUGAUAUUGUGUAGAUGAGUUAAGGCAAAUGGCUAAAUCAUAUACUUGGAUGUUGUCGGGGAUUAUUCGAAGUUCCUAUGCUCAUUCGUCUGUAUAAUCUUUGAUUAAUGGGCCUAAUAUGUUGUUGUAGCAUUCUCUUUACUUGCAAGUUGCAACAAAAUAUAGUUUUUGGAUGUAUGUUGGCUAUCCAAGUUUACUGUGAUUAUUUAGUAGAAUCAAUUACGAAUAUGUGUUUUCAACACUCGGACUUGUAUAUCCAUUAGCGUGAAGAUAAAUUGUACUCUUUCGGAUGCAAAAUUGAGCACCAUUGUUACAGAGUUGGAGAAAUAUACAGUAGCUCUAAUAAAUGAUGGUUCUUCCAACUAUCUAUCAAAUUACAUCUCACAGAAAGCCUAAUUUCAGCAAAAAAAAAAAAAAAAGAUAA